AUGUCGUCCACGUCAUCGUCGCCGCCGCCGCCGUCGAAGGCAAAGAGGCGAGGCUGCAUCCAUGGCGCAAGGCCGCAGCCGCUGAUCGUGUCGUCGGCGCCGGCGGAGGCGAGCCGGCCGUCCAAGAAACCCCGUGUCAGCGGCGGCGGCGGCGACACGGGGCCGGUGAUCGUGUACGAGCUCACGCCCAGGGUCGUCCACGUCGAGCAGGAGGAGUUCAUGGCCGUCGUGCAGAAGCUCACCGGCGGCAAGCAGCAGCCGGCGGCGGCUUCAACCUUGACGACAUUGCCGGCGGCUGAUCAGGUGGCCGGAGGUGAUCACGCCGCUGCAGCGGCGGCCGCCGCCGACCCACUGGUGCUCACGCUUGGGCAGCAGCAAUCACAACAGUUUGUGCAAAAAAUUUUCCUGUAA